AGGCGGUUACAGCUGACGCCCAAGAAAAAAAGAAAGAAAGAAAAAAAACAGGUGGGACAGAAAGAUUUGCCGUCAGCUCUGACCUCUCAAGUCCGUGUCACUUCCGUGUUCCGCUCACCUGUUACACCUGUGUCACAGCCGCUGGUCCGCAUAGGUGCGACUUUUACAGCUCUGCCGGUGCGCACCUGUUCUCCUAUUGUGCCAUGACUGAGGGAUUUACCGAAUGUGACUUAACAUGCUCGUCUCCUACUACAUCUGUAGAGACCUUAAAUGCCGUGAAAUGCCUGAAAAUUGAUCCCGAGCAGCCCAUUUUCUCUGUGCUGACCGGCGGCAUGAAGGAGCAGCAGCCGAAGCAGGAGGAGGCGGACAAUGCCGUGUCCCAUCAGAGCACCUGCGGCGGUAGCGGCGGGGGAGCUACCUCACUGACGUCCGCCGCCUCUGACACCGAGUCCGGCAUCUUCUCCGUGGAAAGCGAAGUCUGCGCGGAGCACGACUCCGAUCUGGACUGGUUCUGCGCCACCGAGCAGAAACUCAUUUGUUCCCGCUGCGCCAACGCGGGCCCCUGCCGGGAUCACAGCGUGGCCCCGCUGGCCCGAAGAGUCGGCGUGGUCAGGAACCAGCUGGUGGAUGUGUGUGAAAAAAUCCAGCUGCAGGCCCUGGGCAUAGAGAAGUUCAUCCAGCAAACACUGACGGCCAAAGAACAAAAGCUGCAGGCGUCGGCGAGCAGGGCGAGGGAGCAGGUGCUCGCGCAGGUCGCCGCCACCCGCGAGGCCCUGGAGGAGGAGGAGCAGCGGCUCCUGGAGCAGGUGCAGAGGGAGGAGGAGCGGGUGGAGCAGUGCCUCCUCACCCAGAGAGCUCACUGGAACCACGCUCUGACGAGUCUGUCGCAAACACGCACCCGCUUGGUGCACACGCUGACGCACGCUGGCGACGCACAGCUGGUGACCAGUGUCCAAGAAAUUGCUGAAAGGGUGGAGGAAGCUGAAGGGGUCGGGAAGCCCUGUGACACCGACCAGCUCAACUUGAACCCAGCCUGUAUCGACAGUAAGCUGCUGAGGGGCCUCUGGACGACUGCUCUGCUGCUGGGGCCCAACGCUUAUGGAUCACCUCUGCUAAAGUUCGAUGAGCGCACAGUCAGCCCACUCCUCUCCCUCUCAGAAGACCUACGCACUUUGACCUUCCUCCAAAAGAAGCCCCGCCAGUCUCCCCCGUACGACCCGGCUCGCUUCGACUCCUGGCCCAAUGCUUUGGGAUCUCUGUCCAUGUCCUCCGGCACCCACAGCUGGGUGGUGGACGUCGGCAAGAGCGGCGCCUUUAAGGUCGGGGUCUGCUACGCCUCUCUGGAGCGUAAAGGUUCUGGGAACGAGGCGCGGCUAGGCUACAACAGUGAGUCGUGGGUGCUGUGCCGCUAUGAUGGCGACUAUUCCUACUGCCACGCUGGGAAGAAGGUUCCCCUGCAGGUGGUGACGAGGCCCCAGCGGAUCGGCCUGCUGCUGGACUGGCUGAGCCAGACGCUGCUGUUCUACGAGCCGGACUCUGGCGCCGUGCUGUACUCUGUCACUCAGCCCUUCAAUGCUCCGCUGCUUCCGGCGUUUGCUGUGACUGACCGCAGCAUCACCAUCCUGCACUGAAAGACCACAUGAGCAUACAAAGGUUUAAAAGCAGAAGGGAGAGACAUUUCUGUAUCAUAGAAAUAUGAUGUGCAGGUGAACAGGAGCUCUGUGCAAUAAUGAAAACUUCCAGCUGCAUCAGUUUUCUAUUUAUUCAAUUUUUGUUUUUCUAAUUUCUUUUGUAUUAUUUUUAAUAAUUUCUUAGGCUUACUAUUUUUAUAUGUUGAUUUUAUUAUAUUGUUGUACUGUUGUAGUUAUCCAUUAUGUAAUUAUUUUGACUGAAGAUGAUUGUUUUUUUUUAAUAGAAAGAUUGUCUUUGUAGUAAGAAAACUGAAUAGAUUUUUAUUCUGUAUUAUGCAGCGCUUUUAAACGUUAUCAACAAUAACACUAGUUGAUCCAGACUUUUAAAAUCACAGAGCUUGAACACUUGACUACUAAUUUAAGCCAGUUUACCUUAUGAUUAGUAAAGUGAUUGUUGCUGUUUCA